CGCCCCGCCGGCGCCAUGGCCACGUUCGUGUCGGUGCAGCUCAAGAAGACGUCGGAGGUGGACCUGGCCAAGCCGCUCGUCAAGUUCAUCCAGCAGACCUACCCGAGCGGCGGCGACGAGCAGGCCCAGUACUGCCGCGCCGCCGAGGAGCUCAGCAAGCUGCGCCGCGCCGCGCUCGGGAGGCCGCUCGACAAGCACGACGCCGCGCUCGAGCCCAUGCUCAGAUACUAUGAUCAGAUCUGUUCCAUUGAACCCAAAUUCCCAUUUUCUGAAAAUCAAAUAUGCCUGACAUUUACCUGGAAAGACGCUUUUGACAAAGGAUCACUUUUUGGAGGAUCUGUAAAAUUGGCUCUUGCAAGCUUAGGAUAUGAAAAGAGCUGUGUGUUAUUCAAUUGUGCAGCCUUAGCUAGCCAAAUUGCAGCAGAACAGAACCUGGAUAAUGAUGAAGGACUGAAAAUCGCGGCUAAACAUUAUCAGUUUGCUAGUGGUGCCUUUUUACAUAUUAAAGAGACGGUUUUAUCUGCCUUAAGUCGAGAGCCUACUGUGGACAUCUCUCCUGAUACUGUUGGAACCCUCAGUCUUAUUAUGCUGGCACAGGCCCAAGAAGUAUUUUUUUUAAAAGCUACAAGAGAUAAAAUGAAAGAUGCCAUCAUAGCAAAAUUGGCUAAUCAGGCUGCAGAUUAUUUUGGUGAUGCAUUCAAACAGUGUCAGUAUAAAGAUACCCUCCCCAAGUAUUUUUAUUUCCAGGAGGUGUUUCCUGUCUUGGCUGCCAAGCACUGUAUCAUGCAGGCCAAUGCUGAGUACCACCAGUCAAUCUUGGCAAAGCAGCAGAAGAAAUUUGGAGAAGAGAUCGCAAGGUUACAGCACGCAGCAGAAUUAAUUAAAACAGUGGCCUCUCGCUAUGAUGAAUAUAUCAAUGUGAAGGACUUUUCUGACAAAAUCAGCCGUGCUCUCACUGCAGCAAAGAAGGACAAUGACUUCAUUUAUCAUGAUCGAGUGCCAGAUCUUAAAGAUCUAGAUCCUAUUGGCAAAGCCUCACUUGUGAAAUCGACCCCAGUCAAUGUGCCCAUCAGUCAGAAAUUCACUGACCUGUUUGAGAAAAUGGUUCCUGUGUCCGUGCAGCAGGCUUUGGCUGCCUAUAAUCAGAGGAAGGCUGACUUAGUUAAUAGAUCAAUUGCUCAAAUGAGAGAAGCUACCACUUUGGCAAAUGGGGUAUUAGCAUCCCUUAAUCUUCCAGCAGCAAUUGAAGACAUAUCUGGAGAUACUGUACCUCAGUCUAUAUUGACCAAGUCCACAGCUGUGAUUGAACAGGGAGGCAUCCAGACGGUUGAUCAGUUGAUCAAAGAACUGCCUGAACUACUACAAAGAAAUAGAGAAAUCCUAGAUGAGUCAUUAAGAUUUUUGGAUGAAGAAGAAGCCACUGACAAUGAUUUAAGAGCAAAAUUCAAGGAACGCUGGCAAAGAACACCAUCCAAUGAACUUUAUAAGCCUUUAAGAGCAGAGGGAAACAACUUCAGAACCAUUUUGGACAAAGCAGUGCAAGCAGAUGGACAAGUGAAAGAACGUUACCAUUCUCACCGUGACACCAUUGCACUUCUGUGUAAGCCAGAGCCUGAGCUGAAUGCUGCUAUCCCUUCUGCUAAUCCAGCAAAGACCAUGCAGGGCAGUGAGGUUGUAAAUGUCUUAAGAUCUUUGUUGACAAGUCUUGACGAAGUGAAGAAGGAAAGAGAGAGUCUGGAGAAUGAUUUUAAAUCAGUGAGCUUUGAUAUGACAAGCAAAUUCUUGACUGCACUGGCUCAGGAUGGUGUGAUAAAUGAAGAAGCUCUUUCUGUUACUGAACUGGAUCGAAUCUAUGGGAGUCUUACUAGUAAAGUCCAGGAAUCUCUAAAGAAGCAAGAAGGGCUUCUUAAAAACAUCCAGGUCUCACACCAGGAAUUUUCAAAAAUGAAGCAAAGUAACAAUGAAGCUAACUUACGAGAAGAAGUUUUGAAGAAUUUAGCUACUGCCUACGACAAUUUUGUUGAACUUGUAGCUAAUUUGAAAGAGGGCACAAAGUUCUACAACGAGCUGACAGAAAUACUUGUCAGAUUCCAGAAUAAAUGCAGUGAUAUAGUGUUUGCACGAAAAACUGAAAGAGAUGAACUCUUGAAGGACUUGCAACAAAGCAUUGCAAGAGAACCUAGUGCUCCUUCAAUUCCUACUCCCGCAUAUCAGUCCUCUCCUGCAGGAGGACACUCACCAACUCCUCCCACCCCAGCACCAAGAAACAUACCGCCUCCGAAGCCCCAGCCUCCUGCCCGGCCUCCACCUCCAGUGCUUCCAGCAAAUCGGGCUCCUACAGCUGCGCCAGCUGCAGUGGGGACUGGGACCACUUUGCCAGCUCCAUCGCAAACUCCUGGUUCAGCUCCCCCUCCACAAGCCCAGGGACCCCCAUAUCCCACCUAUCCAGGGUAUCCCGGGUAUUGCCAAAUGCCUAUGCCAAUGGGCUUUAAUCCUUAUGCGUACGGCCAGUAUAAUAUGCCAUAUCCACCGAUGUAUCAGCAGAACCCCGGACAGACUCCAUUCUCGGGACCCCAGCAGCCUUCAUAUCCUUUUCCUCAGCCCCCACAGCAAUCUUACUAUCCACAGCAGUAAUCUGUCAUCUCAGAAGUUCAUUGGGUUCAGUUCAAAGCGAAAGAAAUACCAAUUCUGCAAUAAGUGUACUAAACUCUAUGUCUGGUUAAUCUAAUGUACUGAAUACAUUGUAUAAUUUCUGUCUGCGGUUAAAAGCUGGAAUCUGUGCCCCAGUUCUGCAUUUAUUGCACACGCGAGAUUUACUGCUAUUGCAGUAUAAAUACUAGGUCUAUAGGAUUUGAUGUAAGUUGCAUUACAGUUCACAAAGGUUGAAAACAAACCUAUAAGUACAAAAGUUGAAACGCUCAUACUUAUGACUACAUAAGAUGUAAUUUAGACAUCAGAUACUUACAAUGAAGGUUUAAGUACUGAUAGUCAAGAAAACUUAAGUUUCUUUCUGUUUUGGUUUAUUCAUUUGGUUUAAUUUCUAUUAUGCUAUUUUGCUUAAUCAAAAGCGUUGUAAAUCUUAUAAUUUAAAAAUAAAUUACUUAAGAACAGUUAUUGUUACGUUUUGUCAUUGAUUCUCAUUACUGUCUAAUUUCUUUCUAACAUUUUCAUUUUAUAUGUACAUAAGUUAACUGGUUUCUGUGUUUCAGUGCAUGUUUAGUGCAAGUUAAUAGUCAGGCUCAAGUACAUUUUAUAGGAAAGCCAAAAGAAUGGUGACAUCAUUUGUCUUUAUUGGCUUAUUAGCGAACUAAUUUUGACAUUUAUUUUUUAAACAAUCCAGUAAUGUGGAACAAACGCAAUUGCUACCAAAGAUUCUUCAAAUAAAUCUACAAAUAAAUAUGUAUAUUUAAUGUUUUGUUCUUAGCGUCUCCAAGAAUUUAGUACGAAAUUCUGGUCAUAUUUUUUUCAUAAUCCGGUUAAGAUACAUGUCAUGGACAGUAUUGUCUCAUGUAGUUAUACUGUUUUAAAAAACUGUACCCUCCAUUCCUUUUUUCCAUCUUAUUGUCUCAAUAACAUUUAAUGCACAAUGUACAUAGAUAGAGCUAAGCCCUUUAUAUUUAUGCUCCUAAGAAAUUGAAUUUAUAACGCAGGACCAUGCAAAAUAGUUGGGAGCAUAUGGCAAUUCUGAAUUGUGCAUUCAAUAUUAAUUUCUGCUGUUAGAAAAAGUAAUCAUUGUAUAAAUGAAUAAAAGUAGUGAGACAUGUAUCAUGGAAUAAGAAAAUGGGAAUAUUACAGUGGGAUCUGUUCUACGUGAGGUUUGUUUCUGAACAUAUCAGCCAUAUGAGCGGAUAACUAGUCCUUGUUUUCUAAAUUUAAUGCCUCUUUUACAUUAUUGUUUCAUAUAAAUGAUACUGUUACUUGGUCCACUGUUAUUUUUAUUGACAGUUUGAGUUAAUAAUACCUUAAAUGUUGGACUGAAAGUAUGAUUGUAAAAAGGGAGUAGAUUGGUUUUAAAUAUGUAUAUUAAAAUCUUAGUUUUGUUAUAUGUAGAAACAUGAAGGCAUGUUAUUUUAAGAUAAAUGACCUUUUCCGUGUACUAUUGAAAUUGGCUUGAAGCCUAAUCAUCAUCAUCAAGGUGUGACUUGGGCUUGUUUGACUCGUGUACAUGGCAUUUAAGUUUUCCACUCAUUUACUCAAGGUACCAUUUACUAGCAUAAGAUACUCAGCAGUAUUCCAGAAUUGCUAGUUUAUAGUUCUUACCAAUGCAGAAGAAAACAGACAAAUAUAAAAUUGGCCUGAAUAUUCUCUUGGGGAAAUAUGACACCGAAGAGAAAGUGCAUCUGAGGCCCAAAAGAGAAGCUUUAAGGCCAUUUAGCCCCUUGCCCAUGCUAAGCCAGGCCUGUUCUCAGAGGGCUACAGGAAGGUUGUGUAGAAACGCCAAAAAGGAAACCCUGGUUCCUUGCGGCAGCUUCUUUUAGCAUGCCUAACUUGUUCAGCUUUGUUAGCAAAAUCUUUUUUUCAUGCAGCAACCAAGACCCAUUUCCUCUUGUUCAGUUAUCCUUUAGCUAGUUUAUGACAUAUGCUUUCUUUUAAUGGUCCCCUCUGUCAAGGUACAGAUGACCAGCUGUCUUCUAAAUUGUCGAAACAGAUAAGCCCUUCAUUGCUGGGUCUUAAGCCUAUUUAAGUUCUAUUAAGGUGUCUUAGGUGGAGAAGUUUCUCUUAAGUCUUUUUUACCUUCUAACAAAGAAAUCUUUCUGGCGUUUUUUUAUUAUCAAACUUUUUUUGCUUCCUGUAUUCUACAAAUAACCUAGGAAGUAAAUGAUACUGUUUAUUUAGAGGUAGUUUCUCCAGUUCAGGUUUGUUGUACCUACAGUCAUAUUAGACUUUUGACUAUAUUCUUAAAUGACAGAAAGGGAAGCAUUCACAAACCAUUUAUUUUGGGCUUUGGUUCUACAUACAAAGUGGGUUUUACAUAUUGUAAGGAUGUUUUGCAGAGAGGAAUCAGUCAGGACUGAGGAAAAAUCUUAAACUUUUUGGGGGGUUUGCCACACCCUCGAGGCCCAGGGGUUCUGGCUCUGCACUCAGGAAUCACUCCUGGCAGGCAGGGGCCCAGGGGGGGGGGAACCAUACGGGACGUCGGGGAAUUGAACCCAGGUCCGUCCUGGGUCUGCCGUGUUCAAGGCAAAUGCUCUACCGCUGUGCUUUUGCUCCAGCCCCAAACAAACCUUAAACUUUGAAACUUUUUUUCCUAAUUGGAAACAAAUGACCUGACUUCUCAGGCUGGAGAAAUAUUGAACAACUAAUAAGCCACAUGUUCUUUAUCUCAGUUAAGAGAAAGAGAUAUUGCUGCAAAUCAUCUUAACUUUGUGAGAUCCCUGUACCAAUACUUCCAACUUCUUUGCAGUUUGUAAUUUUCACCUCCAUAAGUCUAAGUAGGUAUAGAAAAGAAUAAAAUUUUGCCUUUUGUCCCUGAUAGUCAUUCCUAACCAGUAGCCUUUUUAGUCCAAAAUUAAAAAAAAAGUAUUUCAUUAGAACUUUAUAGUUUGCAAAAGUGCUUUAUACACAUUUUCUAAUUUCAUAAACAUGGAAAUUCAAUUGGGUUUCAGCUUGCUACUGACAAAACCCUUUUCUAAACUACUGUAUCUUGAGGAAUCUUGCAAGAACCUGGUUGUAUCACAUUUUUAAAAUCACUCCUGUAAUUAUUGUUUUACUGUAAAGAACAGGACACAGAAUAAGGACAAAGCACCCCAGAAUUAUAGUGUUAUAAUUGCUAGUAAAAAUAGGUUUUAGAAAAAUAAUGAUUGAUUAUAAGAUUUACAUGGAAGAGCAAUGAAGGAAAACUAUAUUUUUAAAGAAAAGAGAAUAUUCAGGCUUUAUUUCUGGUAUGAAGUUUAUAUUUUUUAAAAAUUCCUAUAUUAUCACACCAGAGAGUUUAGAUUCUUUUCUGGUUACAAACAUUGCUGGUAGUUGGAUUAUAUUUUUAUUGUAUUCAUUUCUCUUAGGGGAAAAUUGUAAAGAAAAAGGUUCCAGAUGAAUGUAUCCUAGAAAUAAAAGUUGAAAGAUUCUUA